AUAAUCGAGUAGGAGUGAGGUUAUCCUCUAUGUACUAUCUUUUCGGCAUGAAAAUUUUCCUGCUUCCUUCACAUGCAGCAAAGCAGCUUCCGGGUAUGGAAGCGAUGCAUGGCUCUUGCUCGAAGGUGCUCAACCAUGCGCCAACUGAAAGCCGCCCAAGCUGUCUUCACCAUCCAUGGCCUCCACCGUAAUACCUUCGCUAUGAGCAGGCUCCUACUCGCUUUUUGCGCUCUUUCAAAUUCCAAUCCUGUCAUUAAUCUCCAUUACGCUUCUCUUCUUUUCGGUUCUAUCGAAUACCCAAAUUGUUACAUUUACAACACUCUGAUUGGAACCUAUUCCAGAAGUUCUCAGCCUCAUAUGGCUCUUCAUUAUUUUCGUCUCAUGUUGAAAGAUGCUGGCAACUCAGUAGUUCCUGAUAAUCGAACGUUUUAUUUUGUUCUUCUAGCCUGCGUGAACGCCUUUAGUUUCUUUCUUUUAGGUCGGAAAAUUCACGCGUGGAUAGUAAAGAACGGGGUUUUCGCGUCAGAUAGUCGCGUGCAGACUGCCCUUAUCAGAUUAUACGCACAAUGGAAAGUUUUCGGGGAUGCCCGGAAAUUGUUCGACGAAAUUACCAGCCCAGAUGUUAUUAAAUGGAAUGUGCUCAUGAAUGGUUAUGUUCGAGGUGGUUUGGGUUCUGAUGCUUUGAUUGUUUUCCGAGAAAUGUUGGCUUGUGGGAUUGAGCCUGACGAGUUCUGUGUGGCUACGGCAUUGACAGCUUGUGCUCAUUUAGGCGCGCUUUGUCAGGGGAAAUGGAUUCAUGAAUAUAUCAAGAAAACCAAGGGGUUGAAACCAGAUGUGUUUGUUGAGACGGCACUUGUAGAUAUGUAUGCCAAGUGUGGAUCCAUAGACAUGGCUGCUGAUGUGUUUGAAAGGAUGAGGGAAAGGAAUGUCUUCUCAUGGUCAGCCAUGGUUAGAGGGUUUGCAGCUCAUGGGUUUGCUAAGAAAGCUUUCCAUUGCUUGGAAAGGAUGCAAGUAGAAGAUGGGUUUAGGCCUGAUGGAGUUGUUCUUCUUGGGGUUUUAACUGCUUGUACCCAUGCAGGUCUCCUGAAGGAAGGUCAAUUUCUGUUAGAUAACAUGGAAGAGCAAUAUGGUAUUGUGCCAAAACAUGAACAUUAUAGUUGUGUAGUUGAUUUGCUCUGCAGGGCCGGCCAAUUAGACAAUGCAAUUCAGCUUAUAAGAAGAAUGCCAAUGAAACCACUUGCUUCUGUAUGGGGUGCAUUGCUGAGUAGUUGUCGAACUCAUAAGAAUGUUGAGAUUGCAGAGCUGGCUGUGGAAGAGCUUCUGAAGCUAGAGAAAGGUAAUAGAGAAGAAGAAGAUGCAGCUCUGGUACAAUUAUCUAAUGUUUACUUGGAUGCAAGGAGGAGUGAAGAUGCAUGUAAGGUUCGUAGGAUGAUUGGUGAUGCAGGGCUCAGGAAAACACCAGGAUGUAGUAUGGUAGAGCUGGAUGGCAGAGCGAAUGAAUUUGUUUCAGGAGAUGUUUCGCACCCAAAUUGCACUCAGAUAUAUGCAAUGCUGGAGCUGCUGUCUAUUCAUCCUUUGUACAAUUAAGGUUUAAAUUGAAUCCAUGUGAUUGAUCAUGGAAGAUAAAAAGGGAAACAAAACUGUAGCAUUUGCAAAUAGAAUGUGACAAAGAAAAUAAUGUUCUUGAUAUUACUUCAUACCUUAAUUGGGGUUGAAGAAAAUAUCAACGAAUAUGAUUUGUAUUUGGAAUGGAGGAAAUAAAAUGGCGAGCCUUGCAAGAUUUGCAGAGGCUGAUGAGAGAAAGAGGUCAGAUUCAGAAGUUGAUGAUUUUUUUAUUUAUUUUUAUCUGAG